AUGUCUGUUCUAGAUACCAACAUUCAAGCCACAAACAAAGCAAGUCAUCCCCUCAAAGUAGAUUCCGACACCGAAAAGCGACCAAAGAAAAAAAACAAAAAGACCAAAAAAGCCCCAACGAUUGAAUCCUCUCUACCACCGAAGAAGAACAUACCAACGGCUAAGAAUGAUGCACUACCAGCAAAGAAGAAAUUAAUACCGGCUAAGAAGAACCCAAAACCGGCACUGAGGAAUGGCGCAUCACUAGCAAGCACAAAUGUGACUGCCAAGAAGAUGGUGUCAAGCAAGGGAGGGGAUGUUCCGGCUGAGAAGAUUUGUCCGAUCAAGCAAAACCAACCGGAAAAGAAGAAUGCACCUGCCGAGAUUCAAGUAGAAAAAAUUACGCCUAAAAACAAAAAGAAGAACGUCUCAAAGGAGGCUGCGACUAGCGAAUCCGAUACAAAACCGUCUCGAGCAAAAGCUUAUCAAGAGGACGAGGAUGUGCAAUUAUGCAAGUCAUGGCUUGAGGUUUCCCAAGACCCUCUGAACUCAACUAACCAGGCCGCGAAUACCUUUUGGAACCGCAUCACUGAUCACUUCCAGGUGGCCAUGAAGGACAAGAGUCGAACAUCACGGAACGUCGAAGAUCGACUGAGCAGUGCUCUAAAGCUGUACUUAGCCCUCUCCGAAUCAAGUUUUAUGCACCUUCGAUGUUACAAUAUCCUCUGCCACACUCAAAAAUGGAAGGACCACUGUGUCAAGCUUGAAAAGAAACCUGUCGAACAUUGUUCGACCCCGUCCGUUGACAAUACAACCAAUCGAUCUCUCUCCUCCGAUGCUCCUGCUAUGGACAACAACAGUGAUGCUUCGACCAUUCAAUCCGGCAGGACGGCACGACCGAUUGGAAACAAAAAGGCCAAAGAAUUUGCCCUCAAGGCCCGAGAGGACAAGAAGUUCAAAGAUGACAUCAUUGCGGUGCAUAAAGAACUUGCACAGCAGACUCGAGUGAAGAACGAUAUUCUAUCUGAACAACGCGAUUCGAUCUCAAUGUUGGCUGACGAGGCUGUAAUGAUAGAGAUGGUCAAAGGGUAUCCGUCGCGGAUACCCGCCAGCGGGUGCGGAUGGCCCCUUUUCCUCAAAUUGCUGGCGGGUAUCCGGGUAUCCCAAAGGAUACCCGCGGCCGGAAGGGGAGAUGGCCGGCUGGAAGGAAGCCCUUCCAGCCGGUCCGUCGCCGGCCCUUUAGAGGGCGGGUAUCCAAGGAUACCCGCUGCGGCCGACGGAUACCCGCUAGCGGGUGCGGGUGCGGAUGUGGAUGUGCAAUUUCGCUGA